AAAUUACUUUUUUAUAUCAAAAUAAGCAGAUUCAUUAUUAUCUCCAAUUUAGAAAAACACAGCUUCUAUCUCUGACCCCAAAAGUAUUGUAAAGGCAGUGAUUGAAGAUGUUUUUUCCCAUUGUUUUAAUAUGGGUAAUUGUAUUUUUGACGUGUUGGUACAUGAAAGACCAUGAACACGAGUGGAAUUUGGCCAAAAAAAUACCGGGACCACCGGGAUAUCCCCUUAUAGGGAACGCUUUUUUAUUUUGGGGAAAUACUGAGCAAAUUACUCGCCGAUUAAGUAUACUAAUAAGAACAUACACACGAAUGAUAGGGCUUUGGAUAGGAACAAGUUACAAAGUGUUAUUAUUUGAUCCAAAGGAUAUUGAAAUUGUUUUGAAAUCCACGAAAAAUGUAGUAAAAGCGGAUGAUUACUCCUUUUGGAGACCGUUCCUUGGAGAAGGUUUACUGACAAUUCCAGGAGGUAAUAAAUUUAGGCAAAACAAAAGGCUUAUAGCUCCUGCAUUUCAACUCAGCAACCUGAAAGGUUUUUUUGAAGUCUUCAAUGUCCAAACAGCGGAUUUGAUAAAAAUUCUUAAAAAUCAUACCAAUGAUGAAUUUGAUGUACAUUCAAUUAUUGCGACAUAUACAAUGAAUAUUUUAAUGGAAACUGUUCUAGGUUUGAACAAAGAAACAUUGGAAAAAGACGCCAUAAAAUAUGGUUACGCGGCAGAUAGGCUCGGCAAAAUUGCGACCGAGCGCAUGUUCAAAUUCUGGUUGCGUCCCGAUUUUAUUUUUAAUUUUACAAAUCGCAAAAAGAAUCAGGACAAAUAUUUGAAAGUUAUUAACGAAAUAGCAAAUCGGGUUAUAGACGAACGACAAAAAAACAACAGUGGCAACAUAAAUAAAUACGAUUUUAACGCGAACAAUAAAAACUGGUCAGUUUUUCUCGAUUCCCUUCUGUCAGCCAAAGAUGACGACGGUCUACCAUUAUGUAACAACAGCAUUAAAGAUGAAGUGGUCACUUUUCUUUUUGCUGGUCAGGAUACAACAACUUCCUCGAUUUGUUUCGCAUUGUGCAUCUUGGGAUUGUACAAGGAAAUUCAAAAAAAUGUAUACGAUGAAGUUAUCUCGGUGGCUGGUAGCGACCCCACCUCUUAUAUAGGUUACGAUGAAGUCAAAAAAAUGGAAUAUUUAGAUCGGGUUAUCCAAGAAACCUGGAGGUUGUACCCACCAGCACCCGUUAUAGCGAAGAAAACGACAGAAGAUGUUCAGUUAGAAAAUUGUGUCUUGCCGAAAAAUACAACGAUCGCGAUUAUGAUUUUUUUCUUGCACCGCAACGCUGACAUAUACCCCAACCCUUACACCUUCAAUCCGGAUAAUUUUCUCCCGGAAAAAGUUAAUCGUAGGCAUCCCUGCAGUUUCAUUCCCUUUUCAGCAGGAUAUAGAACAUGUGUUGGACAAAAGUAUGCGCAUCUACUGGUCAAACUAGCACUUGCCUCAAUUAUUCGAAAUUUUGAAGUUCACUCAGAAAGGGAAGAAAAACAUUUUGUGUUGUCUCUUCAAACAACCCUCAAGAGGAAAGAUGGAUUCCGUCUAACAUUGUAUGAAAGGAAUAAAAACGCUGAAUAUUUUCUUCUAUGUAGUACCAAAAUGAUUGCUGCAAUCCUACUUUUUUCUACGAUCAGUUUUAUAUCGUAUUGGUACAUUAAAAAUUAUAUAAAUUUUAGAAAUUUGGCUAAGAGUGUAAAAUGUCCACUCCUCCAUCCCUUCUUUGGAAAUUUAUUUUUGUUCUCAGGAACUGUAGAGGAUAUUACUAUGAAAACUAUACAUAUGUGUGAAAGAAACCCUAAAAGAUACGGAGUUUGGAAAGGGCCUUAUUUCACUUUAUAUGUAUUUAACCCUUACGAUAUUGAGAUGGUAUUCAAAAAUACAAAAGAACUUGACAAGCCCCAUUUCUAUAAAAUAUUAAGGAAUAUUUCAGGUCCUACAAGUCUAACCAUGCCUUUCGGUCCGAAGUUUCGACAACACAAAAAAAUUUCCUUACCUUGGUUUCAACUGAAAAAUUUGAAAAAUAUUACAGACCAUUUUAAUAACCAAGCAGAGGAUUUAGUUCAGGCAUUUAAAGGAAAAGUUGGACAAGAAUUUGACGCAAAAUACGACAUUGGAAAUGCUGUUAUGGCAUCUUUAGCAGCCACUGUAGUUGGAGUAAACAAAGAGUAUUUGGCCAAAGAUACCCUGACAUUUUCUGAUUUAAUAGAAAAACUCGCUCACAUUGCAACAGAAAGGAUGAACAAAAUUUGGUUGAUGCCUGAUUUAUUAUAUUAUAUGUCGGGAAAAGAGAAGCAAUGUGAAAAAUAUAAAGACGUAUUUGAUGAAAUCGUUACCCGUGUUAUAAGGGAAAGAAAAAAUAGUUACAAACAGGGCCAAAUAGACAAUGUUUUCGUGGAUCAGCUCUUUGAGGCUAAACUUGACGAUGGAUCACCAUUUUCAGACAUUGACAUAAAAAAUGAAUUAAAAACAAUGCUUAUUGCAGGGCACACUACAACGUUAAGUUCACUCGGCUUUUGCUUAUCAUUGUUGGGUCUCGAUAAAGAUGUUCAGGAAAAACUAUAUCAAGAAGUGACUUUUGUACUGGGAGAUGAUAUGACUAGACCUAUUACUUACGAAGAUAUUAAAAGAUUUGAGUACAUGGACCGUGUACUCCAGGAAACCUGGCGCUUGUAUCCACCAGCAUCAGUUAUUCCAAAAGUUGCAACACAAGAUUUCCAAUUAGGCGAUAUAAGAGUUCCAAAAAAUACCGAAGUCCUUAUCCUUACCUAUGCUUUACAUCGCAGCCCUGAUAUUUUCGAAAAUCCCGCAAAAUUUAAUCCCGACAAUUUUCUACCAGAAAAGACUACAAAGAGGCAUCCUUGCAGUUUCGUCCCAUUUUCAGGAGGAAACAGGAACUGUUUCGGAAAACAUUACAGUAGUUUGUUGCAAAAAGUCUUCAUAGCGCGUAUAAUACAGAAUUUUAAGAUUCAUUCUAAUGUACCACAGAAGGACUACAGAUUAUCCUUCGAGGUUACUUUAACAAGAAAAGAAGGAUUUCUCAUAGUCUUGGAACCAAGGAACAAUGUCUAGUGAACACAAUUUUGUAAUACACGCACAAAUAAAUUAUAUAGAUAUUAGUAAAGUCACAAAUAAACAUGAAACUACUUGUUUUUAA